UCAAGAUCAAAGUUCAAACAAUAAUUUAUACAAAUUUGUGAAAUACCAAAAGUGUUCUAGUGAAAUCUAAAACAAGUUACUUUAUCAAACACCAAAUAAACAAACACCAACUCAUAUCAACAUGCUGCAAAACACCAAGUUCUACAAGCACGCUUUGGAUGCCCAGAAGAGGCAAUUGCCCGAUCCAUUGCCACCAAACUACAUUGACAACCUGCACGAGAUCUUCUUCGAGCAGAUCUUUGAGCGCAUCGAUUAUCUCAGCGAUCAGGUGAGAAUGGCACGUGCCUAUCCUCAGUUCCUGCCUCAGAUCCUGAAGAUGUGGCAAAAGCGUUGGCAUUACUGCAUUGUUGGCCCAAAUACCGCAUUCUUGGGCCUGCUCGACAUCGAGGAUUAUGUCUUCUUCAUGGAACAAAUGUCGCCCUACUUCACCGAGCUGCAUGUGCAUGAGGAUGGCGUUGGCGCCUUUGCCGAGUUCUACGAUUACAUCACACAUUUGUGCGACAUCAGCAUCAUGCGCUUUCCCAGCGUUGAGAGUUGUGUCCUCGCUGGCAAUCCGACCACCAUGUGCGAUGAGGACGUUCGUGAUCUGACUGCAAUGCUGCCCAAUCUGAAGCGUCUCACCAGCUGCAUGAAUCUCUCUGGUGCCCAUAUGCGUGGCUUUAGGAAGCUGGAACAAUUGGCAUUCAAGUCGAUGUACCAUUCAGUUCCUUUGGACAGCCGCUGGAUGCAGGAGAUCUGCCUGAGCAUGACAAACUUACGCGUCUUGGACAUCACAGAUUCCUUUGACAGUCAUGUGCGCUUACACGACAUCAAGCUGCCCAAUCUGGAGGUGCUCAAGAUCAAUCUGAGCACAGUGGAGAAUAUGGUGCCACAGAUACUGCAGCUGCCCAAGCUACGCAAAUUGGCCGUGCGAUUCGAUGACUCCCGCCAACUGAAUGCCGACCAGGAGACCAUCUUCCAGCAGAUCAUAGUGGCGAAGAGUGAAUGCAUCACAAGGAUUGCGCUGAACAAUGAGGUCAUCCAAUUGCCUGCCCGCUGGCAAAACAGUCUGCUACUGGAGCUGCCCAAGCUGCGUGCUCUGGUCUGUGAGAAUUGGAAUCACGAUGUGUUCUUCCUGGAUCGCAAGCACAUUCCCUGCCAUCAGAUGCAGGUGCUCAGCUUCAGUGGCUGGGAGAUUGUGCGCGAAAAUCAAAUGAUGGAAUUGGUUGCCGAGUGCCCGCAGCUGACACAACUCGCUCUCAAUGCCUAUCACAGCAACACCGACAAGCUGCAGAAGCUGGUGAACAUUCGUGCCUACGAGCGCAACCCGAAGCCGUUGCAAGUGUUCAGCGAUAUGAUGUGGAGCCAUCUGCAUCCCAACGAGUUCCAGUACUGGCAUCGCGACAACAAAUACGUGCAGGUGACCUGCGAUGGCAGCGACUACGAGUACCAGGAGGAUGGAUUCGAGUUUGACUUUGUCUAAAGGCCUCAAACUCACUUUAAUUGU